CUGCUACUAAACUCAACUCGAUGCCACACUUUCCGAGUUUUUACUUGUAAUUUACUUCACUUUCACCCUUUUACAUUUGUUUUCUCGAAGAGUAACAUGGUUGGUCGUGUAAUGUUCCGGGCCCAAGGGGCCUUGAGGGUUUUUGGCCCUUUCAAGCAAUCAAGACUUUUUCAUUCAUCUCCUUUAGUUUAUGCUGCUCAUAAGGUUGCUAUGAGUAAAUUUGAUACAGCUCCUGUGCCAUAUGAAAAGUUGCAAAAAAACUUGAAAAUUGUUCGUGACAGAUUAAAAAAGCCUCUAACCUUAGCAGAAAAAGUGUUAUAUUCACACUUGGAUUCACCAGCUACCCAAGAAAUUGAAAGAGGCAAGAGCUAUUUAAAUUUGAGGCCAGAUCGAGUUGCUAUGCAAGAUGCAACUGCACAAAUGGCCAUGCUUCAAUUUAUAUCCAGUGGUCUGCCGAAGGUAGCUGUACCUUCAACUAUUCAUUGUGAUCACUUGAUAGAAGCACAGAUUAGUGGUGAUAAAGAUUUAAUAAGAGCAAAAGAUAUAAACAAAGAAGUAUACAAAUUCUUGGAAACAGCUGGAGCUAAGUAUGGUGUUGGCUUUUGGAAACCAGGAAGUGGUAUCAUUCAUCAAAUAGUUCUUGAAAAUUACGCAUUCCCUGGUGUAUUAUUGAUUGGAACAGACAGCCAUACUCCUAAUGGAGGUGGCCUUGGAGGUUUGUGUAUUGGAGUUGGUGGAGCUGAUGCUGUUGACGUAAUGGCAAACUUACCUUGGGAAUUAAAAUGCCCUAAAAUUAUUGGCGUUAAACUUACUGGUAAAUUGUCUGGAUGGACUUCACCCAAAGAUGUUAUCUUGAAAGUUGCUGGAAUUUUAACUGUCAAAGGUGGUACUGGUGCUAUUGUUGAAUAUUUUGGACCUGGUGUGGAUUCUGUGUCUUGUACUGGAAUGGGAACAAUCUGCAACAUGGGUGCUGAAAUUGGGGCCACAACAUCAAUUUUCCCAUAUAAUAACCGAAUGAGAGAGUAUUUAGUUGCAACUCAAAGACAAGAAAUUGCUGAAUUAGCUGACCAGUAUGCUACUGAAUUGCUUACUCCAGAUUCUGGCUGUCAUUAUGAUAAAGUGUAUGAAAUAAAUCUGGAUGAGUUGGAGCCUCAUGUCAAUGGACCAUUUACUCCUGAUCUUGCACAUCCGAUCUCCCAAUUGGGAAAGAAUGCUAAAGCCAAUGAUUGGCCUCUUGAUAUUAGAGUUGGUCUGAUUGGAAGUUGCACAAACAGUAGUUAUGAAGACAUGACAAGAGCUGCUUCUUUAGCAAAACAAGCUCUUGAUCACGGUAUUAAAUCUAAAGCAAAAUUUACCGUCACUCCUGGUUCUGAACAAAUUAGGGCAACUAUUGAAAGAGAUGGCCUGGCUCAGACAUUUAGAGAUUUCGAUGGUGUUGUCUUGGCUAAUGCAUGUGGUCCUUGUAUUGGUCAGUGGGAUAGGAAAGAUGUUAAGAAAGGAGAAAAGAAUACUAUUGUGUCGUCUUACAAUCGUAACUUUACUGGCAGAAAUGAUGCCAACCCUGCUACCCAUGCAUUUGUUACAUCUCCAGAACUUGUUGUAGCUUUAGCAACUGCAGGAAGAUUAGAUUUUAAUCCAUUGACUGAUGAGCUGAUUGGAGCUAAUGGUGAUAAGUUUAAAUUCAAGACUCCUCAAGGACAAGAUUUGCCUCCUCGAGGUUUUGAUCCUGGUGAGGAUACAUACCAAGCUCCUCCUGCAGAUGGUUCCAAGGUGCAAGUUGAUGUGGAUCCUAAAAGUGAAAGACUGCAACUUUUGGCACCUUUCGACAAGUGGGAUGGCAAAGAUUUAACUGACAUGAAAGUUCUUAUCAAGGUUAAAGGAAAGUGCACAACUGAUCAUAUCAGUGCUGCUGGCCCAUGGUUGAAAUACAGAGGUCAUCUUGAUAAUAUUUCAAACAACAUGUUUAUUGGAGCCAUCAAUUCUGAAAAUGAUACAGCAAACAAAGUUAAAAAUCAGCUGACUGGGGAAUGGGGCUCUGUUCCUGAUACAGCACGGCACUACAAGGCUAAUGGUGUUAAAUGGGUUGCUAUUGGCGAUGAAAACUACGGUGAAGGAAGUAGUAGGGAACAUGCUGCUCUUGAACCAAGACAUCUCGGAGGUCGAGCUAUUAUUGUAAAGAGUUUUGCUAGAAUUCACGAAACAAAUCUGAAGAAACAAGGUUUAUUGCCCCUGACUUUUGAUAAUCCAAGUGACUAUGACAAAAUUCACCCAACUGAUCACAUUUCUCUAUUAGGAUUAAAAGAUUUAGCUCCUGGAAAGCCAGUAAAAUGUGAAAUCAAACAUGCCGAUGGAAAAACAGAGACAAUUUUACUUAACCACACCAUGAAUCAGCAACAGAUUGAGUGGUUCAAGGCAGGAAGUGCUCUAAAUCGUAUGGCUGAGUUAAAACAUUAACUUCCAAAUUGUAAUUUUAUCGGCUGCUCUCAUCUGUAACACUGACUUUCAAUGUGAUAAACUGUAUAUUAGAUGGAGAAUGGCUUCCUUUAAUUUUUGUACAAAUAUUUAUUAGUGAAGUGUAACUUAGAGCACAGGAGCUGACUAGUCAAAUUUCACUUUUGACUACCAUAAUUUUAGUAAUUUUCAUCUUUGAAUUGUUGCAGCUGAUUCAAAUCAGCUAUAUUAUGACUAAAGAAGAGUUCUUUUUUUACUCUUAAUGGACAUCAAAAUAAAGUUUUAUACAAUA